CACAUGUUCACAAAAUGUCAUAAUUUGUUACUUUAACCAUAAAAUUUUUUACUUAAAUUUUAAAUAUGACUAAUUUUACAGAUGAAAAUAUUGCAAAAAUUGGUGAGGUGUUAAAAGAUAAAAAUAGACCAUUAAAAGAACGUUUUAGGGCAUUAUUCACUCUCCGUAAUAUAGGGGGGCCUCUUGCAAUUAAAUAUAUUAAGGACACGUUUCAAGAUGAUUCUGUUUUAUUAAAGCAUGAAUUAGCGUAUUGCUUGGGACAAAUGCAAGAUGUAAAUGCUAUUCCUAUUUUAAAUUCAGUAUUAGAAGAUGUAGCUCAAGAACCUAUGGUGAGACACGAAGCAGCUGAAGCAUUAGGUGCUAUAGGAUCCGAAAACUCCCUUCAAAUUUUAGAAAAAUACAGAAAUGAUCCUGUAAUUGAAGUAUCUGAAACAUGUGAAAUCGCUUUAAAUCGUAUAAAAUGGUUGCUUAACAAAGAUAAUGAAUCUGUUUCAUCGAAUCCUUAUGCAUCAGUUGAUCCUGCACCUCCAACAAAUAUUAACAAUGUUGAAACAUUAAAAAAUAUUCUUUUAGAUGAAUCUCUUCCAUUAUUUGAAAGAUACCGAGCAAUGUUUUCAUUACGUAAUAUUAUCAGUAAACCAGCAGUUGAAGCAUUAGGUGCAGGAUUACUACAAGGACAAAGUGCAUUAUUCCGACACGAAGUAGCAUUUAUUAUGGGUCAAUUACAAAGUGAACAUAGUGUACCAUUUUUAAAAGAAUCGUUGGAGAAUAAAAAUGAGAAUGAAAUGGUAAGACAUGAAUGUGCUGAAGCGUUAGGAGCUAUCGCUACACCUGAUUGUUUAGAAAUAUUAAACAAGUACUUGCUAGAUGAUAAAAGAGUUGUUAAAGAAAGUUGUGAAGUUGCAUUAGAUAUGAGUGAAUAUGAAAAUAGUCCUGAAUUUCAAUAUGCAAAUACUUUGGUUCAAAUAAGUUCUUAAUAUAUUUUAUAAAAUAAGUUCAUUCAAAAUACGAAGCUAAAAUUCAAAAUAUUCAGAAAUCAGGUUUAGAAAUGCCAACUCUCUGGAUUCAAUCCAGAGUACGGAUUAAUUAUUAUAAGAUUGUGAUUUCGAAUUAAAACAAAAUGGCAUUGCUAAAAUUUUGAGAGUUGUAUUAUGCAAUAUUUUAUCACUGUCUCAUUUUCUGUGUAUUGU